UUUCAGGCAGUUACAUUCAGAAACUUAUUUGCCUGCAUUUGCAAGGAUGGUGGAUGUUAAGGGGAGCACCGGAUUGCCGGUAGAAGAAGGACGUAUACGUGAUGCAGUUGCAAGGCAAAUACAGCAAUUCGGUGUGCUACUUUCAAUUUUUACACAUAAUUACCGUUUGAUUUUCCUUUUGGACAUAAUGGAGUAAACUGUGUUUUUUCAUUUUAAUUCAAACUUCUGGAUUUCACAGGAAUGGAUAAACUGACAAGUCGAAUAAUUCGAGAAAAAUUGAAGGAAACAUUCGAUGUGGACUUUUCAGAUUACAAAGCAGCCAUCGAUAAAAUCACUAUGGAUAUAAUUGAAACAAGUACUACCGAGAAGGCGAAAUCAGAGGCAAAUGAUAAAUCAGAUUCGGAAUCAGAUGAUGGAGUUGUUUUUACAGACCGCGCACCAAGAAAGAAAGUUAAGGAAACGAGAAAGCGAAAAUCUUCAGAAUCAGAUGCAGAAUUACUGGAAGUUGGACAGAAAAGGCGAAGAGCCGCGGUAACAGCAAGACAAACUACCAAGAAAAGGAACAAAGGAACCAUUGAAAGUGGAUCAAAACCUCGUAAAAAGAAGGGUCCAUAUAAUGUUUACUGCGCACUGACAGAUGAUCUUGCUGCAGUCUGUGGUAAACGGUAUAUGCGACGUUGUGACGUGAUCAAAGCAAUGUGGGCAUAUUUCCGGAGUAAUAAUUUACUUGAUCCAAAGGAUAAACGUUAUGUGUUGCCGGAUGAACCUCUCAUGAAGAUUUUCAAGAGGCGUUUUCUUGCUUUUGGCUUAAUGAAGGAUCUCGCUGCUCAUAUCAUCGAACCAAAGUUUUUGGAUGAGGAAGAGAGAGCUGCUUUGGAAAAAUUUGAAGCGGAAGAAGAAGCGAGGUUGGAAGCUGAGAGCAAUAAUAAUAAUAAUAAUGAUGGCGACGGAAAUAUAAAGCAAGAUGAUGAUAAUGCCAAGGAGAAGGAUAUCACAGGUGGAAAUAAUGAUGAAGAAGAGGAUGAUAGCGAUGAUGAAAAUGAAAGGAGUUGAAGUUCUUGCAACUUGAGAAAUUUUCCUUUCCUAAGAUAGCUAAUAAUGAUGAUCUAGGUUCAGGAGGG